UGCUUUGGCUUAUCUUUUCUCUUGUUUCAUCUACUACACACUUUUGCACCACCACUAAAGUCAUGGCCACCACCACAGCAGCUCUCUCAGGAACCAUGGCGAGCGCCUCUUUCAUCCGGAGGCAGCCGAUGAACACAAGCUUAACAGCAUUCCCUAACGCGGGUCAGGCUCUAUUCGGUUUGAAAGCCGGACGUGGAAGCCGUAUCAUUGCCAUGGCCAGUUACAACAUCAAGCUCAUCACCCCUGAAGGAACGAAAGAAUUUUCCUGCCCAGAUGAUGCGUAUAUUCUUGACGUGGCUGAGGAAGAAGGCAUCGAUCUUCCUUACUCGUGCAGGGCCGGUGCUUGUUCUUCGUGUGCUGGAAAAGUUACAGAAGGACAAGUGGACAAUUCAGAUAAUAGCUUCCUUGAUGAUGAUCAGUUAGCAGCUGGGUUUGUUCUCACAUGUGUUGCUUACCCUCGUUCCGACCUUGUUAUUGAGACACACAAGGAGGACGAACUUGUUUCUUAAACAUGACAUUUAUGUGUGUUUUUUUUCUUAUAAAUUAAUGUUGUUGGGAUUGCUACUAGGGUUAACUCUAUCUAGCUGUUCUAUGUUCUGUUUUGAUUUUGUUUCCGUUUUUGUGAAGAAUGAGUUAAUUACACUGAUGAUUUACUUCUUCAAUCUGCAGUAGUAUAAUAGUUCAGUAGUUGUUGUUUUA